ACAGUGACGUCAGACGCACGAGACACACCGUAGACGGUGAGGUAGAGACUCUCGGAGGAUAAAUAUCAGCUGAAGUCGGAGUACCUGUGUUUACAAACAGCACGUGAGCGCACGAUUUAAAAAUAAAUAAAUAAAUAAAUCGUUGCAAACAUUUUUUUUAUUUUUCCCCCGACGUGUGUACACGCGAGCAGCUGCGCUCUCGUGCCGUGAAGGUGAUGUUGUCGCGUGCGCGUUUGAGCCACUGGCUCGUGCUGCUCCUGUGGUGCUGUAGGUCGCGCGCGCGAACGGACGGCUGUCCGGUCCGGUGUACCUGCGAGGAGGACGAUGUGUAUGUGAGAGUGGACUGCGCCGACCGAGGACUCACCUCACUGCCGGAGUCUCUCAGCGCUUACACCACUUACCUUGAUCUGAGCAUGAACAACAUUAGUCAGCUGCCCAGCGACGCUUUCACCACUCUUCACUUCCUGGAGGAGCUGCGACUAGCAGGAAAUGAUUUGAUGGACGUUCCUAAAGGAGCAUUUGAUGGACUUGUCAAUCUCAAGACUCUAAUGCUCCAAAACAACCAGCUUCAGGAGGUCCCCAGAGAGGCCUUUAAGAGCCUGCAGAACCUCCAUUCCCUUCGAUUGGAUGCAAACCACAUCUCAAGAGUGCCACAAGACUGUUUUGAUGGACUGACCUCCUUGCGCCACUUGUGGCUGGAUGACAACGCUUUGACAGAGGUACCUGUUGAUGCCCUGCGUACCCUCUCCUCCCUGCAGGCGAUGACCUUCGCCCUCAACAAGAUCACCCACAUCCCAGACCGAGCGUUUGCCAAUCUUUCAAAUCUGGUGGUUCUGCAUCUCAAUAACAACAGAGUGCUGUCCCUGGGAAAACAGAGCUUUGAUGGACUACAGAGCCUGGAGACUUUGGAUUUGAACUACAACAGUUUGGAGGAGUUCCCUGUCGCUAUCAGAACCUUGAGGACUUUAAAGGAGCUGGGCUUUCACAACAACAACAUCAAGUCCAUCCCUGAGCAUGCCUUCAUUGGAAACCCCUCUCUCUUAACAAUAUUCUUCUAUGACAACCCCAUACAGUUUGUUGGUCAGUCUGCUUUCCAGCACUUGCCAGAGCUCAGAACACUGUCUUUAAAUGGAGCAGCAGAUAUCACACAGUUCCCAGAUCUCACAGGCACACAUAGUCUGGAGAGGCUCGCUAUCACGGGUGCAAGAAUUACAUCUCUACCAACCACAGUGUGUGAGCAGCUCCCCAACCUGCAGCUUCUAGAUCUUUCAUACAAUCUAAUCCAAUCCCUGCCCAGUCUCCAAGGCUGCAAAAAGAUUCAAAAGAUUGAUCUCCAUCAUAACCAGAUCCAUGAGCUGCGAGCAGACACGUUUCGAGGUUUGCCUUUACUCAAGUCCCUUGGCCUAGCCUGGAAUAAGCUGUGCUCUGUGGACCCGCUCUCCUUCUCUGAAUUGCCAGCUCUCACAAAACUUGACCUGACUUCCAAUCACCUCUCAUCUUUACCUGUGGUUGAGAUGAAUGUACUGACUCACCUGAAACUGGCUGGUAAUGUAGACCUCCAAGAGCUAAUUCCAGUGGAGAAAUUCCCCAGACUAAGGGUCAUGGAGAUGCCGUAUGCAUUUCAGUGCUGUGCCUUUCUGACCUGUGAGAAACAUGCCAUCGGCUGGGAAAAAGAGAAGAACAUCAGCGAUGAUGUGGGAAGGAAAGAAGGUGCUGCCUCCAACCCAGGAGACCAUGAAUUUGAGGAUCUUUUCCCAGACCCUGAAGAUGACACUGUGUCACACCACUCAGUCCAGUGCUCCCCACCACCAGGCCCGUUCCAGCCGUGUCUUUAUCUUUUUGAGAGCUGGCUCGUCCGCUGCGGAGUUUGGAUCAUUGCCGUCAUGUCCCUGGUUGGUAACGCUAUGGUCAUGGUGUCCAUCUUUCUUUCGCCAACGUUUUUGUCUCCCGUGAAGCUGCUGGUGGGCUUGCUGGCGCUGGUCAACAGCUUGACAGGACUAUGCAGUGGAGUUAUGGCUCUUGUAGAUGCCCUCACCUUUGGUAGCUUUGCUAUGUACGGCGCUAACUGGGAAAGCAGUACAAGCUGUAAGCUCACCGGCUUCGUGUCGGUUUUUGCGUCAGAAACAAGCGUUUUCCUCUUGACCGUGGCUGCUGUGGAAAGAAGCUUUUCUGUGCAUAACGGCAAAGCAGCAUUGGAUUGUAGUGCAUCAAAAGCCAUGGUUAAGCUAGCAGUGCCACUUUGCUUCAUCUUGGGAUUGGCUGUAACAUCAGUACCUCUACUACACCUUGGUGAGUACGGCAUAUCAUCGCUCUGCCUUCCUCUUCCUCUCGGAGAACAUUCUGGCUUAGGCUUGAUGGUGGUUCAAGUGCUGGUCAACUCUCUGUGCUACCUCGUCAUGACCAUCACCUACACGUGUCUGUACUGCAGCUUAGAGAAAGGGGAACAUGACAAGCUCUGGGACUGCUCCAUGAUCCGUCAUGUGGCCUGGCUUCUUUUCGCGAAUUGUGUCCUCUACUUCCCUGUAGCAUUCCUGUCAUUUUCUGGCUUGCUGAAAAUCUCCGCCGUAGGCCCGGAUGUGGUCAAAUCAGUGCUUCUGGUGGUUGUACCCUUACCUGCAUGCCUUAACCCCUUGCUUUAUGUGCUCUUCAACCCCCAUUUUAAAGAGGACCUGGGACUCCUGGUCAGACACACUCGGGUGACGCUGCUGAGAAACCAGCACCUGAGCCUGGCCUCACUCAACUCAGACGAUGCCGAAAAGCAGUCCUGUGACUCCACACAAGCUUUGGUCUCUUUCACCAGUUUAAACAAACAACCAACAUGUUUGGCACAGAAUAGCAAGCCCCAUCAUCUCGCCAUGCACUGUGUGUGUACGUCUUAAAGUUUUCGACUUUCUUUAAUUAAUGAUUUUCCACACAGCCCAGUGCAUAAAAGAAACCCAGUCGACGUGACAUGGGUUAGUGUGAAAGCAUAAACGUGUGCAUUAUUUCAACUGCACAUAGACAAGCCUUCAGUAAGACUGCGUGUGUGUUGGUUGAGUGUACAUGAGGAGAAUACUGAUGUCUUAUGCUUUGUCCAGACUUGGUGGCAGGGUCUUAACCUGCAUUUAACUCUCAAAUGGUACUUUUAGCUGCCAAGUGUCCUGCAUACAAAGGAGAAGCCUAACAGCUGUAAUAUUGUUGCUCAAGAUAUUUGUUUUACUUUUUUUGUGGGUUGCAUUUCCAUAUUUCGUGGACAAAUUUGUCUGUAAAUUCUCAGAAGUUUUUUUUUUGCUCAUUUUUAUGUCUCUCUCCCUGUAUGCACAAUACAUUGUAAAUGGGUCUUUCUAUCUCAAGUGUUCCAAUGCAGGUUGCUCGAUUGUUUUUAAUUUUCCUCAUUGUUUUUUUGAGUGAUUACCUCUAUGUAUUGGCAUCACCAUUCAUUUUUAAUUUCUUUUUUACUUGGUUUAACUACGUCAGCAAUUUUUGUCAUGGCACACAACAAAUUUUGGUUAUACAGCUGUUUACGGAAACCAGAAUAUCUCGGCUUCAGAUGGUCCUAGGUCCUUGGAGCAAAAACUGAUCUCUAGUCUCAGUCUUAAAUUUUUUAGGGGUACCUAGGCAAGCACAGUGUGCAUGCAGAACAUUUCAGGUUUAAGAAGUCUCUUAUUAUUUUUUAUUUUUAUAUAGGAGCGAGGAAGUGCAAUUUUUAAAAAAAAUUCCCCUCACUUUCAGGUUGAAUAUUUCUGAUGGGGGACCAGAUACGAACAUGAAAUUCUCACAGAAAUAAGUCCUCUAUUCAAGGUAAACUCUGCAGGACAGUUGACCUUGAGGGCCAGAUUUGUAAAACCAGCCUGAUCUAUCAUGUUGGUACAGGUGUGCAGUUGGUAUGCGUGAAUAGUAGUGUGAUAAUGUAGUUAAACCAAGUAAAAAAAUAAAUAAAUAAAUAAAUAAAUAACCUGGUGGUUUUGCAAUGCCAAUACAUCUAGGUAAUCACUCAAAUUUAUUUUGGAAAAAUUUAAAACAGUUAAGCAAACAACUUUGGAAUUAUUGGACCACUUCAGAUGGAAUGACUGAAAUAAAUGGAAAUGUUUUGGCAAAACUUCAUAAGACAGUUACGUUACAUAACAUUGUACGAUUUUAGUGAUAUUGAAGAUGCCAUCUCAAUGUGUGAUAUUUAAUGUUUUAUUUUUUGACCUAUGCAAUGGUUAAAGUAUUAAACAUUUAACUAAAUGUGACGAUAAUGCUUCACUCUUGAUAGACAAGGCAGUUCGAAUAUAACAUUCAGCCAGCUACUUACACUUGAAAGGAUGUAUAGAGUACACAGUGUUGUGUAGAUCUUCAGUUGCAUGGUAAUGUUACAUUCUUACUGUUGAAUGUGUAAUUGCAUGAAACAUUUCAGAUAAUCAAUGAAGUUUUAAGUAACUUUUAAUUGUUAUAACACUUGUUAUAGUGCAUUCGAUCUUUAAUAGCACUUGUUUAGUACUUGACAUCCCCGUUCAUAAUUAGAUUAAUGCAUUCAUAAUACAUCGUCCUGCUUUAUAUGUAUAAAUGUAACAUUAAAUGUAGAAAUAUUCAUAGCAAGGCUUAAAUAUGAACCAAUUUGCUAGUUUAUAAAGGCAUUGGAUCCAUAGAUUGCUACAUGGAUAUCUGUGUUAUAUUAUAUAUUGUAUUGUUAAAACAUCAUUUUAAUUUCGAUUUAAACAUCGACAUGUUGAGCAUUUCUAGUUAUGACAAAGUAGUACAUAACGCAACAUGAUUUGGUGUCAUUAUGUAGUUAAAGUAUCACUCUUUAACAUUUAAUAUGACCAAUCGGUGAAAUGCUUCCAGGUUGCAACUAGUAAAUAUAAAAUAUAACAUAAAAGGAACAACUAGGAAACAGAAAAGAAACCACUCAAUGAACAUUACAGUAGGUGUUUAAGCUGAUCCAAAUAUAUGCACAUUCACACAUAUUUUCUAAUAUACCGAGCAGAACCUUUGUAUGAAUCAAUUGCGAAAGAUAAAUGAAAAAAAAAAAAAAUGUAGAGAUAGGAAUGAUGUGAUAAUGAUGUGUUGCGUAAAGAAAGAGCUGUGGAUUUGAGUUAUAUUAGCAGCUAUUCUUUACCACUGAAGUGUACAUUCUCAUGUCUGUAUAUAGAAUGUCUUUUUUUAUACCUUGGAUAUAUCAUGUGAUUUGUAUUAAAGACAUUUUAAAAGAAAUAAAUAAAUGAUG